AUGAAAUCCUUCCAUAGCCUCUAUCUAAUCUCCAUCUCUAUUUACAUAGUGGCUACAUUCGCAAACCGCUUAGGAGGAGUUCAUGGAUUUGGUUCUGGCAAUGCCAACAAUCAUUUAGAAGGAUCCAAUCGCAAUCAUAAUGGGCAUGUCGGCGCUCAUGAUAAUGCAGCUCAUGGAAACAAAAAUUCGAACCAUGGCUCCGGCCAUAAUAAUCAUGGACAUGGUUCUGUUGCAUCUCAUAACGAAGGCCAAAACAACGCACAUGGCUCUCAUGGAGUCAACUCCAUUGUGAAUGCUAUCCAUUCGGCUAACCAACAGGUCCACACCGUAAACCGCGCGAUACGAAGUGUGAGGAGUGGCGGCACUAUUGAUCAUCUUAACUUAGCAUUCCAGUCAUUAUCCUCUACGAUUAAGACAACUUCUGCUGCUAUUGCCUCAGCCAGAUCACUUCGCGAUGGGGAUUUCCAGUCCAUACAGUCAGCUAUAAAACCAUUUCACCAAUCCAUUGGUUCACUCGUAACGCAACUAGUGGGCAGACGAGACACAAUUGCUCAGUUGUGUGGAUGUCGCCCCAUACAAGGUGCUGUAAAUAAUGUACGAGUCUCAACACGAGAAAUGUUCGACGGUAUUAAGAACCACUUAAAUCAUGGCGGUACUUUCCACGGCAGACACGGCUUCGGAGGCUUUCAUUCCUUAGACUCAGGUAUACAGAGCUUUCUCAAUCAUGGAUAUAACGCAUUCGGCUUCGGUAAUUGCAUUGACGUUGCCUCAUCAGAGUCCAGCACCUAUUACACAACUCAAACAAGUACAUGGGCGCCUUCAACCAUAACAGACUUCUCAACCGUGACCGAUUACUGGACUAUAACAGAUUAUGCGACAGUAGUCGUCACAAACACGAUUACAGAAACAGUGGUAAACACUUUAUGGGUAGACGUCUAUAGCACUAUCGUCAGCACGUGUACUUCAUAUGGUCAUGGGUCUUCAACGACUUAUGCCCCUUCGUAUACUACGUAUGGUUCUACGUAUAGCUCUUCGUAUACUACUAAAGGCGGCUAUCAAACCACAAAAGCGCCUUCAGACUACGGCGGAUACAGUGGAUCUUCGAACACAUACGGGUCAGUAAUCACUAGUACUGGUACGACUCCGUACUCUUCAAGUCUUACUAACACUGACAUGAGCCGCUCCUCAGCCACCAACACGUGGACAACUAAUACCAUCUCAACUUCGGGCUCAUCAAGUUGGUCCAGCAAUAGUGGCACCUCGACCUAUACUUCAUACCCUUCCACUUUCUCUAGUACUGGAUUUAGCAUCGUAGCCACCUCAACCUUCACAAGAACAAGGACUAGUACCGCAGGAACUUCUGAACCUUCUCCGACCAGAACCUUGACAACAACUGUCACCAGUACGUACACAAGUUCGGGCAGUGUGGCGACGUCUACUUUUACAAGAACGAAGACAAGCACUGUAGGAACUUCAGAAAUUUCGGAAGCUUCUCCAACCAGAACCUACACGACAACUGUGACUAGUACCUAUACGAGCUCGGGUAGCUUAGCCACCUCAACCUUUACAAGAACGAGGACAAGUACUGUAGCAACUUCAGGAACUUCGAGUCUUUCUCCAACGAGAACCUUUACGACGACCGUCACAAGUACUUAUACGAGCUCUGGUAGUGUAGCGACGUCUACCUUCACACGGACAAGGACAGGCACCGUAGGCAGCUCUAGUACGGGAACACCUACGAACCCAAGUAGCACCGGAGCAAACACGGUAACGGUAUCUACAACGAGAACCUAUACGUCUACUGUUACAAACACGAUCACGAGUUCUGGUUCGACGUUUACUUCUGUUUUGACAACAACCGGUGUGGAUACACUGAUAUUAAUUUCUGUUUCCAUAGGCGGCACUUCUACGUCUAGCAACGGAGAUCCACCGGGGACAACCUUCACGUCCACAGUUACAAGCACAAGGACGAGCACCCUUAGCGGAUCGGGAUCCAGAACGAUAACUCUCACGUCGAAUAUUACGAACACUCUUACGUCUACUCAGCUUAAUGCAACUACGGGUACUGCUACAGACACGCCUGACAUAGCAGUAGAUCCUGUCUCCGCUGCGACGGGUACAGCGAGUUCCAACUCUACGGCAAACGUGGCUAGUUCUUCAAACGCGAGCGGCGGGACACUCAUCAUUACAAAAUCAGGAUCAAUUAGCACCGCCACCGUCAAGUCAACUAGCAGCCGUAGAACGAUAUCCAGCACCACAAGCACGAAGUCCGAUCCUGCUACUGUCACUGUUACUUUAAUAAAAUUAGCAGGAUCCGAUAAGUUCAGCCUCUGGAACAACUACUACCAGUACAACUACUUCCUCCAGCUCUUCCGGAGCAGGUAGGGUACUUGAGCCCGCACGAAAUGCCAAGGUGUUGGAAGGCAAUAUAUUGGGCAUGAUUCUAUUUCUCUUACUGUAAGCCUAGUGGAUUAGGGUUAUUAAGGAAAAAAUCCGGAGUAGGGAGUGCUUGGGAUUUAGUAUGUGUUUCUCCUAUUCCGAUCUAUCCUGUGAAACCAUCUACGAGGGUGAUAUCACAGCCCCUCCUCCGCCAUGUGUUUACACCUUCGUUAGGUACCACUACUUAUAAGAGUGAUGUCGGCGGAAGACUCUUAUCAGAGAAGUCCACGCGAGUGAAAAAGGACAAUGAGGAUCUGGACGAAUUUUUGAUGAACGAUGCUUCCUCCUGGAUUAUGUUGAUAGAUGAUGAGGGUCUGGGACUUAUGCAUGAAUUGAUUGAAUUUAUACAUUAGACUGAUAAUAUGUCGUUUUUUAUUCCGAGUAUUUUCUAAUUAUGAUCUCGAAUCCUGCGGUUCUUCCCUUCAGACUGUCUUAUUGUGAUUAUACCUAUAUAUCUCGAUAUGUCUUUAAGCUCAAUACGUGGUUUAAGCCGAAGAGUGACAGACUU